AUGAAAAGCUGCGUGAAGUACGCGAAGAGGCAAUUUUCUACAACAAUUACUUGGCUGAUCCAAACAGGCCUGCCAAUGUGGAGGUCAAGCCAAGCCCCGCGCCACCACGGGAAGAAGAGCGUCGUGAGGAUAGAUACAGAGAUCGCAAUGAACGCAGCGAUCGAGGCGGCGGAGAUCGCAGUUAUGCGAGUAGUGGGGACCGCAGAAACCGUGGUUACGCAGGCUUUGGAAGCGGUGGUCCGCCUCGCGAUCGUGGUCCACGUUUCACACCAGAAUCGUCACGCCCUCUCACCUCUUACAGAGACCUCGAUGCGUUCCCAAUUGAUUGAGUUAAUGAGCUGUUCUUAA